CCAUGGUUACAACGUCUGGAGAGACCCAUUGAAACCCACGCACAUCUUGGCUAAGCUGUGUAAAGAUGGUAAACUAGACGGACCACACUACGGCCCAGGAGGAAGAGUGAAGGUGGAGAACCGGGUCUUCAUGGCACCAACUGAAAUAGAGGAUGAAAACGGUCUGAAGAAGCAGACUGACGAGCACCUCGCUCUGAGCGUGCUGAGGCACUGGGAGGAAAUCCCAAGAGCCGGCUGCAAACUGGUCCCCGAGCACGUGGAGACCAGACCGCUGCUGCACCCUGACAAACCAGGAAUCGAACAGGGAAGAAUCGAGAUGUGGGUGGACAUUUUCCCCAAAGACAUGAUUGCUCCUGGUCCUGCACUCGACAUCUCACCAAGAAAACCAAAGAAGUUCGAGCUGAGGGUCAUCAUUUGGAACACAGACGAGGUGGUUUUAGAGGACGAUGAUAUCUUCACCGGCGAGAAGUCCAGUGACAUAUUUGUGCGAGG